CCGCAAAAUGAGUGGGGCGGCGAUUGGCGCUUCAAUAAAGAACAGUGGGGUGAGUCGGGGGCCGAAUGGCCGUCCUACUCUGGGCCUCCUCUCUGUUCCCCAAAUUAGCCUCCUCUUCUUCUAUUUACACGCAUUCAUCGUCUACGCAUCUUUCGCGCCUCCUCCUCUCCCCUUCCUCAUUCUUUCCACAGCGUCGUUCCUGGCGUGUUCUUCACAUGGCCGCCUCCACUCUGCCUAGAGCAAACCUCGGCCUCACCAACCCCUCGACACUCCCUCCCAUCGAGAUUACCUUUUCUGCGAAGGAGACCGAUUUUUCAGAAUGGAAAGGAGAUAUCCUGGCAGUAGGUGUCUCACAGAACGACAUGUCAAAGGAUGAGAAAGGGUCAUUUGAGAAUGCGACACUAAGAAUUCUUGAUAGUAAACUUGGUGGUCUGUUGGCAGAAGCAUCCAAAGAAGAGGAUUUCACUGGAAAAAUAGGACAAGCAACAUUCUUGAGGCUUCCUGGGUUGCCUUUUCGAAGACUUGGUUUGGUCGGGCUUGGCCAGAGUACGUCAUCUUCAUCUUCAGCUGUAUCUGCUUACAGAGGUUUUGGUGAGGCUCUUGCAACAGCUGCAAAGACUGCUCAGGCGGUAGAUGCUGCUGUCCUUCUCGCAUCCUAUGAUGGCCUUUCUGAAGAAGCUAAGCUUAGAGCAGCCUCUUCUAUAUUAUCAGGAACUGUGCUUGGUGUUUAUGAGGACAACAGGUUUAGGUCAGAAUGGAAAAAUCCAUCACUUAAAUCAGUGGAUAUAAUUGGCUUCGGAACUGGUCCUGAUGUAGAAAACAAGCUCAAGAGUGCAGUUGAUGUUUGCUUUGGUGUGAUUUUCGGUAGAGAGCUUGUAAAUGCACCAGCUAAUGUGCUCACACCUAUUGCAUUGGCAGAUGAGGCCUCGAACAUAGCAUCUAUGUUUAGUGAUGUGAUGACUGCAACCAUAUUAGAUGCUGAUCAGUGCAAAGAACUAAAGAUGGGGUCUUACUUGGGUGUUGCUGCUGCAUCUGCAAAUCCCCCUCGUUUUAUUCAUCUUUGUUACAGACCUCCAAAUGGCUCUGUGAAGGUGAAGCUGGCAAUUGUUGGGAAGGGUUUAACCUUUGAUAGUGGCGGCUACAACAUCAAAACUGGGCCAGGAUGUAGCAUUGAGCUCAUGAAAUUUGAUAUGGGAGGAUCUGCAGCUACCUUAGGUGCAGCAAGAGCCAUUGGUCAGAUAAAACCACCGGGAGUGGAGGUACAUUUCAUUGUUGCUGCUUGUGAGAAUAUGAUAAGUGGUACAGGCAUGAGACCUGGGGACAUUGUUACGGCAUCUAAUGGGAAAACAAUAGAGGUCAACAACACUGAUGCUGAAGGUCGUCUUACACUUGCAGAUGCCUUGGUUUAUGCUUGCAACCAAGGAGUAGAAAAGGUGGUUGAUUUGGCCACCCUUACUGGAGCUUGUAUAAUUGCACUUGGAUCAAGUGUUGCAGGUGUCUUUACGCCUAGUGACGAUCUUGCAGCAGAGAUCUUUUCAUCUGCGGAGAAAACGGGUGAGAAGUUCUGGAGGCUCCCGCUAGAGGAAAGCUAUUGGGAGACGAUGAAAUCAGGAGUAGCUGACAUGGUUAAUACUGGAGGCCGCCAGGGUGGUUCUAUUACUGCUGCACUGUUCUUGAAACAGUUUGUUGAUGAGAAGGUCCAGUGGCUGCAUAUCGACAUGGCUGGUCCUGUAUGGAAUGAGAAGAAACGUGCUGCUACCGGAUUUGGUGUGUCUACUUUAGUGGAAUGGGUGCUGAAAAACUCAUCUUGAUGACUCAGCUGCUGUUGUACUGGCCUAUAGUAGGCAUGCCUUAAAAUAAAAUGGAAUUAAGUUUUUUGUUCCCACCUAGCUGAAACCAUUACUAAAUAAGUAUGUUUAUUUAAAGAGGUUUUCUUGGUGUUUAAA